AUGGCUUAUUUAGAUGCACAAGCCGGAAAUCAUUUGUUCAAGAUAACCGGGUCGUGGCAUCUUAUCCACUCUCGCUCAACCUCGUUAGAACUUGAAGAAACUGGGGAAGGCUUUAUAUCUGAGGAGAUAGAUAGCGCCGCCAAAGGCGAAUUCGGAGAUGAUACGAAUACAACCACUCCUCAAGCAACAACGACAACAGCUUCCACAACGACGAGCACAGCAUCGACAACGACUACUCCCGCUCCAGUGUAUACCUGGUACUUGACAUUUACAAUGUCUGGAAGUGGAGCAACUGUGCAGUAUAUUCCAGGAAUCACGAAGGAUCCAGCGAAACGAGGAAUAUUCGGCUGGGGAUAUGAGACGCAGGAGAUUAACCCGAAAAGGCACCACUCUCACAAAGUUCUUGGUUAUUUUGGCAAUGGAAGUAUGGACAAGAACACGACGAAUUGGCACUUCUCAGAAGACGCCAGGCUCUGGUCGAAAGCCAUAAAUAAGGUCCUCGCAGCGAGCAACUUCACAGAAGAAGCGACGGUGACUACUGUGCGAAAUGUCAAUGCGAAGGACAAGUACGCCCCACUACAAACGUGGAGAGUGGAGAAUUUAGACCCGGACUUUGAGCCUCAAUGGAAGAAUUUCUCGUUUCAUGAUUACCAAGAAGAAAUAAUGCUUCGAUCAGAUGCCUUUGCAAAGUCUUAUUCUUAUCCCGUCGAUCAAUUUACCAAUGAGUGGUUUUAUACGAGUUAUGACUACUGGAUUCAGUCUUUGUUCGAAUUCACAACGACUUCUUAUGGAAACUCAAAUUAUACAACUCACUCUGGCGCCGAUCACUUUUUCUACGGGGAAAAUUUCGAGUCCGAAUUUGUUGAAGAGACGACUGUUCGUGGCCUUCCCGCAGAGAAGUGGUCCUCUGCACUUGGAGAUGGAACGCAAAUCAAUCAGUACUUCAUCCAUCCGAAUUUCACCACGUUCUCGAACAGAUCUGUCCCUCUUCUAGUAGAAUUCCAGCAAAAUGGAACUUGGGAAGGCGAUGAAAUAGAGAUCUCAACUCGCUGGGACAUUUUCUAUAUGAUUGAUAAAUUUGAGCGACACCAGAUGGACUCGAUUGUUGGAGAGGAUCCAUUUCGUUCUUCUAGCUUUUUCUCGCCAAAAUUCGGCGACUGCGAUAAAGGCGUCACUCAAAUGGAAAUCAACUCGACUCCCGAUUCACUAGCCAACAAAAAUGUCGAUACGAAGCUUGAAAUGGUCAAUGUUCAGUCGAAAAAUGUCUAUGCCUCGCACUUGCGAUUUGAUGUAAAUAACAACCUAACUAGAAUGGACUAUUACGACUUUGAGGAAAAAGCAAAUGUCAGAGUUGUUGAGAUGAAAAGUUUAGACGCGCAAUUCACCAUCGACAUGAGUACUGGCUCAUGCAAGGUGUCAAAGCUAAUUGAGAGCUUCGACUGGAUCAAGAAUAAGGGGCCAGAAUCACCAGCAGAUAUUUUUGGAGUGCCGACUGGAGCUUUCUAUAAUCAGCCAUCCGACGUGCGACAAAAUAUUUUCUCCGAUGCAUGGCAAGACGUUUACGAAACUGAGCUCGACUUCGGUCCUGGGAAGGGGAUAAACGCAACGUGCGUCGCAAUUUACCAUUAUCCAGGAGUCUGGCUCGAGCAACAAGACAAUGCUGAUAUGUUUAAUGCCGAGACUGGAAUGCUCCUCAGCUAUGAAAACCAGUGCUACGGGAACGGCUCGAUACAGUUUCAGACGUCAGCAAAUAACUUUGGUUCGCGGAAUCGAUAUUUUGCGCCGGAUGAAUUCGAUUUGACUCCUUGUUUCUCUUCUGGAUCCGUUGGAGACUCGCCUAUUUAUGACAUCAUCUUUUCCAUGACAGAAAAGGGAUUGAGAACAAUCUGCGAAGGGCCCUUUGACGCUCUCGGAAAUAUGCAGCAGAUUUUCGCAGAUGCCGUCCUAACACAAAUUCAAGUCCAGACCGGUUUGGAGUUUAUGUCAAGGCUGCAACACCUCGAGUGCGACUUGUUCACUGAUUUCGAAAUCGAGAAUCCAGAAAUCAUCAUCAAGUUCUCUUUACUGCCGCAAGUUGCGAGCUACGAGGAUGGAACCUACAAGGACCUUUCGAACGAUCAAUUCAUGGAGCGCAUUUCAGAACCAAUAAAUGACGGAUAUUUCGAAGUGGAGAUUUUCAUGAACCAAAAGGAUCUGCAAUUCCUCACGAUCAAGGACUCGUUGGCGAUUUCUCAAGACGGCGGGUUAACAUACGAGCCUGUGAGUAACAAGACUCGGGUCAUCACUCGUAUUCAUCACGAAAAAGGUUACAAACCAGUUGGAGUCGCGAUGAUGUGCCUCUUUGGCCUUUUAAUCGUGCCCGGAUUGAUUUUUGGCGCCACUUGGUUUCGCUUCCGACAGAGUUCAGGCACUGGAUACGAGAACAUGAACCACGAAUGA